AUGCACGCCAACUUAUUCACUGCAACAACAGCAGCAGCAACGACAGAGGAGGAGGAGGAGGAAGAACAAGAGGGGGAUGAGGAACUUACGUGGAGGCACAGUGGAGACAUAGAGAGCGCACAAGGAUAG